AAAAAUCAAAAAAUCAAAAUUAAUAAUAAUAAUAAAAAAAUAAACAAAAAAAUGAGUUCAUCAUAGAAACAUUUCUCCUCAAAGCAUCAUUCCUUUUUCACCACCAGACAUUCAUUCUUUAUUAAUAAUCCCACUCUUUACACCUAGCUAGUUUUUGCUCUGACCUUUGCUUUGCCUAUCGCUUCACUACCUUUCCGUCAAAUUUCCCCAAUAUCCGUAUUCAUUAAAGAAUAAAAGCUUUGGUUACGAUAAGCCUUGCAACGCAUCAGCAUCAUUUAUACUGCACACUGCACACCUGCACCACUUUCGCCCACUACGCACGCAGGAAAGCUCCACUUCGGCCGUUUCGCAGGGCCCUCAGGGCUUCUCAUCAACAAAUCUAGAUAUUAUCUCCCGCACUUCGAUUCUUCGAGGAAAGGCUCACAUAGAGAAACACCUGGUUACUGUCGCGCCGUCGAGAUAACUUACAGCCCUCGGGCUACUGCAUAUUACAAGCAGAAAUGAGCAAAAGAGAAACAGUUCCCCUCCUUCGUGCAGGCAUUGGCACACCUUGAUUUUAAUGAAUCAACCAUCAGCUCCAUUUUAUGCCCCAAUUUUUUGCAAUAUAUACCCAUUUGCUAUUUUCAAAGUACUAAAAUCUGCAAAGUAAUGAAACAUGAAUCCUCAAGUUGCUCGAAAUUAUCCUUCGCAGCAGUUGGGCGCGACGCCGGGAUAUGGAAACCCUUCUUUCGAAUCUUCCGCGCAGAGUGGAAGAGCAGACCGACCUGCACCCUUACCAUAUCGAAACUCGAGAAAUCUCAGCUCCUCAUCCACGCUUUCCCCUCUCCAUCGCGCAUAUCCCGUCGAUAGCAAUGAAUAUCAGAGACCUCUGGCUCUUGGUCGCAGUUUAUCAGAUCAAGACUUUGGUGGAGAGCACAUGCUGAGGCGGAAAACACCAAAUGGUACACUAGCCGCGGGGUAUGAUGGAACUCCUGUGCAGUGGUCUAGCAAGGCACCUGCUUUGAAGCACGUUGUACUCGAGGCCCCGGGAGUCUCAACAUUCUCAGAUGGGUUGAAUGGUAUGGCGGGUUCUGGAUGGACCUUCAAUUCGCCCAAUAAUUUCAAUAAUCUUGAUCAGCGAGUAAAUAAUUCAUCGUCGCAGAAUUGGACAGCGUUUUCCCCUCUUCAGAACAAUUUUUACAAUUUCGCGGGCCCUGUAUCGCCCAUGCACCAAAUCCACUCUUACUUCUCGCCAACUGGAUUCUCCGUUCCAACUGCGCGACAGCCAGCUUACCAGCCUGGCCCUGGUCCUACUGCAUCAAAUGAUGGAGGCUUGUAUGGUCCGUAUUGGCCGGACGGAAGUUAUACCCCCUAUCGACCAGCGGCCUACAGAGAUCACACGUAUGGUGGACAUGGCUUUCAGCAUGUAAGGCAUGGUUCGGAAUACUUUGGAGGGGCGCAACCUUUACUGCAAGCCGAGUUCAAUAAUGUCAACCCGCCAGCUCACAGGGAUACACCAUUCAUGCGCGUGGAUGACCACUCACAGUCAUAUGAUUCUAUGCAACAAAACUUGUAUCAAAUUGGUGGCAGCAGCAAUGUCAUCUUCUCUGAUCCUCCAGGUGCUCCCGUCCAAGCGCUGAGCAGGGCUGGGAAUGCGCAAUUCAAGGAAAAGACUCUUUCCUGGGCGCAUACUAUUUAUGUAGAUCUCUUGGCUCAUCUACAUCAAACGAAGAAGGAGAAUCGACAAAAUCGGCAAUCCCACGGCUCCAAAUCCUACGCGAAAAGUGUUAUAUAUCCCAAACCACCGAGGCAGCCGAGCUCCAGUUUUUCUUCACCGGGGAACUCUCAAAAUGCGACACCGAGAAGUCAUCGUCCAAGUCUCAGCCACCGUACUUCUUAUGGUUUCACAGACUCGCCGGAAGGGAGAUACUCGCGGUCCAUGAAUCAAGUGAUGGGAGCCCCACAUUAUGUGCCUCCUUUUCAAUCCUCACAGCAUAGCGCAGCAUCCCCCCUAUCUAACGCUCAAGAAGCGCUGGAUCUCCUUACGAGUCUUUGCGAGGAAAGUCACUGGAUCUGGGUGGAUGGUAUGUUAUUGGGAGGUUGCCUUGCUUAUGGAUUAGAGGAUUACAAUAGAGCGCGAGACUGGUACGAGAAAAUCAUAGUUAUAGAUCCAAGGUAUGUUGUAUGUUGUCAUGACUAGGACGUAUUAGCUAAUUUUGCUGCUAGACAUGUUGAAGCGAUUUCAAACCUGGCGGCUACCCUUCUGUGCUUACAGAGACGUGAUGAAGCGGAGGCAAAUUGGCGGAAAUCUGUUAAUCUUCGUCCCAAUUACUUUGAGGCCGUCGAGCAUCUCAUCGGUCUCCUUUGUGGUGAUCAUCGAGGUAAAGAAGCGGUUGCUAUCAUCGAGUUUGUGGAACGCUCUCUACGGAUUUCUAAAUCGGACGACCACUAUGAUCAUUAUAGCGAGACUUCGAGUAGUACAGACCGAGAAUAUCAUGAUUUCGCGAGCUCUGCAUCUGAUACAAUCGCCGACUACGACGACAGGGACACUACAUCGACAUUUAGUGAUAGGCUUGAAGAUGGUUCUGAUAAAGUUGGAUUUGGCUCAAGUGGCUUUGCAAUACCUGGAUCUGAGAAUGGCCGAAUAUUAGCCCUCAUACAUGCCAAAGGCAAUAUGUUGUACGCUCUCGGCGAUGUUAGUGCGGCAUCUAAAGCUUUCGAGGAUGCAGUCGUCAUAAGUACAGGAAAAGGGGUAGGCGGAAUACAAGGACUUAUUCGCAGGAUCACCCAUAGUUUAUCCGUCAACUGUUUUUUUGGAAUGCGCAACGGGCUCCCCUCUCUCCAUGUCUCCACAUCAAAUCAACCACCCCUACUCUUACCGCCCGAUAAAGCUUUGGAGACUAAAUCCUUGGUAUUUGCCGGCCGAGACGGUGAACUUCCUGGUCUUCGAUAUAUUCCUCCAGGUUUGGCUCAAAAAGCUGCCGUAUCUACUACCAGUAAUUCUCUGUUGUCUUUAGCCAAGAUCUUUCAAGACGCUAUGUCCAACAGUACAUCUAAUCGGAUUUCAAGGAUGCCUACCGGCGUUGGAGAUAUUCUCGCAUUGUACUAUCUAUCUUUGUCGUUGCAACCAAGUCCAUCAACAGCUAAUAACGUUGGUAUUCUUCUGGCAAGCGUGCAACAACCGGCUGCUCAUCGACCAAUUCCGUCUCGAGAUCCCACGAGUCUUACCGCGAUACCUGGAGUCAUCCCUGGCAGUGGUAUUGCUCUAGCACUUGCUUAUUAUAACUAUGGACUACUAUUAGAUUCAAGACAUGCACAUCUUUACACUAAUUUAGGGAGCUUACUCAAAGAUAUCGGCCAGCUUCCUGCUGCGAUCAAGAUGUACGAGAAAGCAGUACACUGCGAUGGAACCUUUGACAUUGCUUUAGCGAAUCUAGCAAAUGCUGUCAAAGAUCAAGGACGUACGAGUGAUGCAAUAGAGUACUAUAAAAGGGCUGUAAAAGCAAGUCCAGAUUUUGCGGAAGCAGUUUGCGGUCUCUCGAAUGCUUUGAAUUCGGUUUGUGAUUGGAAAGGACGAGGCGGGGUUAUUCUAGAUGGUGGCAAACGAGAUCGAUGGCAUGUAGACGAUGAUGGAAUGAUAUCAGAAGCAAAUCCGAACAAACAUGGAGGAGGACUAAUGAAACGAGUUGUUGAUAUUGUUGCGAAACAAUUGAGAGAAGGGUCAACAUGGGGUCGAGGAACCUUACAAGGCCAAGCAUUUUUCCAAUUCCUUCGGCAUCUCGAAGCUGCUGAUUGCGGUGGUGAGGGUAAGUGGCCAAAGGAGAAAAGAGAAAGUAUUCAGACUGCCCUUGGCGCCUGGGCUGGACAUCGCUGGGAAGGAGCUCGAAUUGUACGUUUGGUUGAACGUGCCACGAAACGUGCGACUUAUCGAUGGUACCAGGACAGACAUGUCAAGAAGAAAGAAUAUUCUGCUGUCUUUUAUCCUCGCCCUCAAUUCCCAAGUAGCCUUUCGAUACCAUCGGCACCUACCGUCUUACCUUUCCAUACUUUCACUUGCCCGCUAUCUGCAAAAGAUAUACGCUUGAUCUCUCAGCGAAACGCCCUUAGGAUAUCCUGUUCUACGUUGCGGUCUCCUUGGAUGCAGGGAUCAGUAUUUCCACCUCCUUCUCCUCCAAAGCCUCAUCUUAAUAUUGGAUAUGUUUCUUCCGAUUUCAAUAAUCAUCCAUUGGCACAUUUGUAAGUAUUUCGUUUUCUCAUUAAAAUUACCACGCUAAUAAUUUUGUAGGAUGCAAUCUGUUUUUGGAUUCCACAAUCCCUCGCGAGCAAAAGCAUUUUGCUAUGCUACAACCGCAAGCGAUAACUCUAUUCAUAGACAACAAAUUGAACGCGAGGCUCCAGUCUUUCGUGAUGUGAGUUCGUGGUCUGCUGAUCGUCUAGUGAACCAAAUUGUUCAGGAUGGCAUUCAUAUUCUAGUGAAUCUCAAUGGAUAUACUCGAGGUGCUCGUAAUGAAGUAUUUGCUGCUCGUCCUGCUCCUAUUCAAAUGUCCUUUAUGGGCUUUGCUGGAACUCUAGGAGCUGAGUGGUGUGAUUAUCUUUUGGCUGAUGAGACCGCUAUUCCACCCGAGACAUUACGACCUUGGAGACGAAACCUCGACCUAGAAGAUCAAAUCGAGGAUGAACAAUCUAUUAAUGAAGAUCGUUGGGUAUAUUCUGAGAACAUUAUAUUUUGUAGGGAUACAUUCUUUUGUUGUGACCAUGCUCAAUCGGAACCACGGGAUCAACAAGCAUCAUGGAAAGAAGAACAAACUACUAGAUGGAAGAUGAGAAAGCAAUUAUUUCCGAGUUUAUCUGAUGAUGCUAUCAUUCUUGGAAAUUUCAAUCAACUUUACAAGGUAUGUCUGAUGGGUUUAGAUCUCCUCCUUGCUCUUGUACUUACUAUCUUUAGAUUGAACCGACUACUUUCCGCACUUGGUUGAGAAUUUUGGAUAAAGUUCCAAAAGCUAUUCUUUGGCUGUUGCGCUUUCCUGAUUUAGGAGAAAGUAACUUGAAAGCCACAGCACGAGAUUGGGCAGGAGAAAGUGUUGCAUCACGAAUUUGGUUCACAGAUGUCGCACCCAAACAUCAACAUAUUUCCCGGGCACGUGUUUGCGAUCUUUUUUUGGAUACUCCUGAAUGUAACGCCCAUACAACAGCUGCGGAUGUUCUUUGGUCCAGUACACCUCUCCUUACUUUACCACGAUACAAAUAUAAAAUGUGUUCUCGCAUGGCAGCAUCUAUCCUGAAAGGCGCCCUACCGAGAAGCGAAGAAGGGAAAAGGGCGGCUUCAGAACUUAUUGCCAAGGACGAAGAACAAUAUGAAGAAUUCGCAAUAAGACUCGCGAAAAACUUUCAUUAUGAUACGAGUAUGGGAUAUGGUAUAGGGAGAGGAAGAUUGGGUGAUCUAAGGAGAUUACUUUAUGAAAAUAGAUAUGAUUGUGCCCUUUUCGAUACGAGGAGAUGGGUGAGGGAUUUGGAAGAGGCGUAUGAGGUUGCUUGGGGAAGGUGGGUAGAUGGGGAAGGUGGGGAUAUAUAUAUUCGUUAACAUUUGUUGGAUUGGGGUAUGGGGUAUGGGAUGUAGGGGGGAAUAAGAUGAGAGAGUCGGGGAGAAGAUAUUUAUGGAUAUGAUGGGUGGAAUUUCCGGUGAUCUUAGGAUACAGUGGCGGGCUGGCGGUAGCUCAGGCGUUCAUUAUUCGUUUCUCGCGAUUGAUGUAUGGUGUCAUUUUGGGUGGCGAUGGCGAUGGUGGUUUUUGACAGGUCAUGGUAUGCUUGGAUAUCUUAUCAUAGAUAUGGAUGGAUUGGCUGGAUUUUGGGAUAUACUCGGGAAUAUACUCAAGGGAAGGAAGGGUUUUGCUAGGGAUGGAUAUACAUCGGAUGGAUAUACAUGGGAUGAUAUACAUGGGAUGGAUAUACUACUAGGUUUAUAGGGUAAAAGAGAUCCUUAUUUUUUGGGGG